GAAGAAGGAAGCGCACGCAAGCUACUUAGAAAGCUCAUAAUAAGGCUUACGUGAAAGAAACACAUAACGCAAAAAGCUUGUAAAUUUCCAAUCGGGUUUUUCAGCGUUUUGGUUUUCUGCAUCAAAUUCGAAUUUUUGAAGCUCUUGCAGAAGCCUCACCGAUGGGAAAUGAGAGGAAUAUGUAUACGGUGGAGGAAGCGCUGGUUUCAGUUGGAUUUGGGAAGUUCCAAUUCUUUGUGUUUCUGUAUUCUGGGAUUGGUUAUGCUGCAGAGGCAAUGGAGCUUAUGAUUCUUUCAUUUAUUGGCUCUCCAAUUCAAUCCGAAUGGAAACUUUCUCCUCGCCAAGAGAGUUUAAUCUCUAGUGUCGUUUUUGCUGGCAUGCUUUUGGGGCAAUAUUCUUGGGGAGUCAUUUCAGACAAUUAUGGAAGAAGAAAAGGUUUCAUCUUUACUGCGCUGGUUACCAGCGGAGCUGGUUUUCUCAGCGCUUUCUCCCCCAACUACAAUACUUUCAUCAUCCUUCGGUUUUUAGUUGGAAUUGGGUUGGGGGGCGGACCGGUGCUUUUCUCCUGGUUUUUAGAGUUUGUUCCUGCCACCAACAGAGGUAUAUGGAUGACUAUCUUUUCUUUCUGUUGGAGCUUGGGCACCAUUCUUGAGGCUUCACUUGCUUGGGUAGUCAUGCCUAACAUGGGUUGGAGGUGGCUCCUUGCACUGUCUUCUUUGCCAGUCCUCCUUCUCCUCUUGUUUUACAGCUUCACCCCUGAAUCACCAAGAUACCUUUGCACUAAAGGCAGAACAACUGAUGCCAUCAAAGUUCUAGAAAAAAUGGCUAGAACGAACAACAUGGCACUUCCUUAUGGUUCUCUUAUUUCUGACAUCAGAGGGGAGCUUGAUGGGGAAGAAAAUGUUCCUGAAACCUCACAUUUGAUUAUAGUUCAAAGGGAUCGAACUCCUGUUCUUCACAAUAUGAAAUCAAAGAUUGGAUUUUUUACCACACUGUCCAAUCUCUUGUCUCCAACAUUAGUCAGAUCAACUCUUCUCCUUUGGAUUGGUUUCUUCGGAAACAUAUUUGCAUAUUAUGGCAUUGUCUUGCUAACUUCAGCACUAAGUGAUGGAAAAAUGGCAUGUACUUCCCCAAAGCUUCAACUUAAUCACACAGAAGACGAGAAUCUUUACAAGGACGUGUUUAUCACUAGCUUCGCCGAGUUGCCCGGGCUUCUUUUGUUGGCUGUGAUGGUUGAUAGGUUUGGCCGGAAGAUUACAAUGAUAAUAAUGCUUUUCACAGCUUUCGUUUCCUUGAUCCCUCUGGCUUUUCUUCAUACUGAAGGGUUAACGACAACCCUUCUAUUUUGUACUCGAUUAUGCAUCACUGCAAGCUCGACAUGCCUGUGCAUAUAUGCUCCUGAGCUUUAUCCGACCUCUCUAAGGAGCAGCGGUUAUGGAACUGCGAGUGCUAUGGGAAGAAUUGGUGGAAUUAUUUCUCCUCUUGUGGCUGUAGCUUUGGUGGAUGACUGCCACCAGACUGAAGCUAUUCUUCUCUUUGAAUUUGUGAUCAGUCUAUCGGCCAUAGUUGUUGCUUUCUUCCCUGUCGAAACGAAGGGUCGCGGUCUCGAUGAUUCUUUGGAGAGUUUAAUCAGUUGAGAUGGUCUUUGUUCCAAACUUUUAUUCAUUGAUCAGUUGUUGUUGUAUUAUAUUGUUGUAGAGCAAUUUAAUUAAAUAAAUUCUAACAA